GACACGCCGCUUUCUCGCAUCUCCGCACCAGAAUUUAUCGACUACUCCCAAGGCCCUAGACUCAUCUCGGUCGCCUCUCCCGGCCGCCUAUAAAUCACCCGGCCGGACUCCGAGAUCAGAGACUGGGACACAGACAACGCAACACUGCGCCUACAGAAAUAUCCAAACUAGAGAGCUCAUCCAUCAAAGCCGAUCAAAGUGAGCAUUAGUCUACACAGCAACAGCUGUAGCUCUUCUUGUUUCUGCGGUUUAAGAUCGAGUGUGCUCUUGAGUUAGCUGAAAGAUGGGCCGCGAGCAGGACGAGAGGCUGAUGUUCCCGUCGUUCGCGUUCCCAAGCGAGAGCUUCGCGGAGGCCGCCACCUCCGGCUCCGGUGGUGAGCAGAAGAAGGCUCGGCAACGGCGAAGGCGGAAGGCGCGGCCGGUGGCGGAGGGGGAUGGCGGGGACGAGCAGGCCAAGAAGCGGCGGCUGAGCGACGAGCAGGCGCGGUUCCUGGAGUUGAGCUUCAGGAAGGAGCGGAAGCUGGAGACGCCACGAAAGGUGCAGCUCGCCGCCGACCUGGGCCUCGACGCCAAGCAGGUCGCCGUCUGGUUCCAGAACCGCCGCGCCCGCCACAAGAGCAAGCUCAUGGAGGAGGAGUUCUCCAAGCUCCGCGCCGCGCACGACGCCGUCGUCCUCCAGAACUGCCACCUCGAGACCGAGCUGUUGAAGCUGAAGGAUAGGCUGGCGGAGGCCGAGGAGGAGAAGAGGAAGCUCAUGGUGGCGGCGGCCGCACCCGGCGGCGCAGACAGCAGCAGCCCGAGCUCGUCGUCCUUCUCAACGGUGACGUACCACUCGGCGGCGCUGGUGGGUCAGUUCGGCGUGGAGGAGGAGGCCGCCGACCUCCCCUACAUGAGCGAGUACGCAUACAACAGCUACAUGAACAUGAUGGACUUGGCACCCGGCUACUUCGGCGAAGCCUACGAUCAUUUCAACUGAGAGCAGGAGUAUUAACAAGUUGUUUUCGUGUUCAUCAGUUUGCAGGGUAUGUAGCAGCAGCAGUAGUAAUUACUACCAAGUCGGUCUAUUAGUAUGUCUGCCAUUCGGUGUCCUAACGAAAAUUAAGUCUAUUCAGUAACUUGUUAAGCCAUGUAGAUUAGUAAUUGGUAAUCUCUGUGAAUAUGUGUGGAUUAUCACGCAAGUGCUUAUCAUGGACUGAUGAUCGCCGUGAUGUAAUAUUGGGGGUAAUCGGAAUCAUCAAAUGUAUGUAGUACAUGUUUUGGUGU